UCUUUCUUCUUUCUUCUUCUUCUUCUUUUUCAUCAUGAAGUCAAAAUCGUAGAGGCCUUUAUAAUAUCGCGGGCACGUGAAACGCACACAUUGCUGUUGCUCUAUAACAUAAUGAUAACACGCUCGAAUAAUAAGAGGAGACAGGGUUGGCUACGCUCGCAUGGGUCCGAGUUUGGGGUCCGACCAACAUAGUGGUGCACACGUUUUACUCUGUUGCUUCAGUAUUUUAUCGAGGGUCGUUCCAUAGCGUGCGCCACACCAGUGUUGCAUUGUUGUUCUGACACUCUCGCGCGGCAAUCUCUUCGCGUUUAUUUUCAAACCUCCAAAAAAAAAAAAAAAAAAAAAAAAAUUUAUAAACACAUCGAAAUUUGUUGCGCGCCGUCAAAAUUUAGAAAGCGUUGCCGCGCGUUCAAUUUGCCGCUCACGAUGGCGCCACUUUUUCAAAUUAUUGCCCUUCGAAUUUCAUUGAGGGCCAGUUGUUGAACGUCCUUAUUCGAGUGAGAAUCGAAUAACAGGAACUCUGUGAUUAAAUUAUGACUUUUUUUUUUUGAAAAAAGUGUUCAUUUUCCAAAAAAAUAUGAUCCCAUGUGAACGUGUAUUGUGUUGGAUUAAUUUAAAAAGUGCGUGAAAAAAAAAUGAUUUUGUGAAAAAAAAAAUUAUUUAAGAAGUGUUUUUUUUUCUUUUAAAAAAGAAAAAUGAAAUUUUGUUUAAUUUAGUGGAAUUUAUAUUCGAGAAAAAUAAAAAAAUUUUUUUUGACGAAAUGUUAAGUUUGAAGAAUAAUUGGAUUAUUGUGGCAAUUAUUAUUGUAAAUAUAAUUUACAUAAAUGGAGAGCAAAGAUUUGUUGAAACACCAGCAUUAUAUCAGGAGGUUUCAACUGGCGAUGAUAUACAACUUAAGUGUAAAAUACAGGACAAAAGGGGUCAAUGUAUUUGGCAAAAAGACCGUAAACCAGUUGGAAUGCAUCCUGGUAAAUACGAAUGGGUUGGAGGUAGAGACAGUGAUUGCAGUUUGUUGAUAAGAAGAGCGUCUUUGGAUUUUGAUGAUGGAUUCUGGGAAUGUCAGGUCACUCCUGGUGAUUUUACUAGUCAGGAUGCACUCACAUCUCUUCCCUCUCGACUUCUUGUUAGAGUCAGUCCCCGGAAACCACGUUUGGAGUAUGGUGGGUCAAUUUUGAGUACAGCCCUAACUUUGAGGGAAGGCCAGGAAGCAACGAUUUCCUGCGUUUCCAGAUAUGGAAAUCCACCAGCUCUCAUCAAGUGGUUUAUUGGCGGAGAUGAAGUUGAAGCUUUAAGGGAACAAACAAAUGCAACGGAAGUUGACAGUCCAAAAACAUGGGUCGCGUAUAGUCUAUUAAAAGUUCGAGGACAACGUGAAAAUCACGGUCUUCCUAUAAGAUGUCUCACUUUACAUCCUUCAAACACAUCUCCCGCUUAUACAGAAUCGCGAUUGGACGUUCAAUAUACACCUGAAACGCGAAUAGAAACUAGUCCACGAAUGUUGACAACAUCUUUGGAAGAUUCAGCAAGUUUUAUAAGUUUGAAAUGCAUCGCCGAUUCCAAUCCAAUUGGUGCAAUUAAAUGGUUCAAAGACUCUACUCCAAUAAGUACAACAAACAGUGCAACAAUGACUGUUUCAGCUAACAGAACUUAUCAAAAUACUUUAAUAGCCUCCGAAGUGAGAUUUGAACCUGUGAUGAGAGGUGAUGCUGGACUCUAUUCCUGCAAAGCUACAAAUAUUAUUGGCGAAAGUGCUCCAGCGAGUUACAGAAUGGACGUUCAAUAUGCGCCAAAAUUGAAAGUGAGCAAAAAAACAUUCAAUGGAACAAUUCCAGAUGUAGAGGAAAUAACAUCUUUAGGAGCAACGAUAGAUCCUUUUGAGUGUGCCGAAUAUGAUGCAAAUCCACCGGCACAAUACAGAUGGGAACAUGUGCGUGGUGGAUUUCCUGAAAUAAUUGAAAAUCCAAAACAAGAAAAACAGGGAGGAAAAAAAUUGAGACUAGAAAAUGUCAUGUGGUCAGAUGAGGGUGAGUACAGAUGUUUCGCAUACAAUUUCAUCAACGGCGUUCGAAGGGAAAUUCGAAGCGAAGAACGUUUUGUACUUAAUGUCAUGGGACCGCCAGAAAUACAAACCAUACGUUCAUCUUUGGGAGAUAAUGGAGUUUAUGAGUCAAUAGGAUGGUCCGGAGAACCGGUACAUCAAUUAAAGUCAAGCUUUUGCUCAAGGCCACCGCCCCGAUUAGUCGCUUGGCAAUGGGGGAGUUUACAACUUAGAGCAGGUGAAACAAUUCAUCCAAAAUAUGAGGCAUUGCCAUUGGAGCCAAUUGCCGAUAGUAAAUCAACAUCAAAUUGUUAUUGGGCGAUACUUAUUAUUAAAAAUAUACAAAAAGAAGAUGCAAGAACUUAUACACUUUUAGUUGAAAGUGAAAAAGGAAGAGAUUCAACGAAUUUAAAAUUACUUGUCCGUGACCCAACGGAAAUGCGAGUAUUGGCAGCAGCUGCUGCGGUAGGUUUACUUUUUAUUUUUUUGCUGAUAUGCAUUGGAAUUUAUUGUUGGUGCCGUGUAAAACAUAGACGCUAUCGACAAGAAGAAGAAGAAGAGGAAGAAGUAGUGGGUAGCAUUGCCGCUGAUGCAUUUUAUAAUACAACAACAUCAAUAGAACGAGAAAAUAAAAUCCAUCACGAUUCAAUGCAAAAUAAAAAUAAUAACUUCACAAGAAAGCCGACCACCGACAAUGGACUUUCAGUCAUGUACAAUUAUGAUCAAAUAAAUAAACAGAUGAGUCCAGAAGCACUCAAAGUAAGACGUGCGCCAGUUGUUUUACAAUCACCGACAAUUGUUUAACAAUUCAAGCGAAAAGAUUUUUUUAAAGAAAAAAUUACAAAAAAGAAACAGAACAUUUUUCUUCAAAAUACUUUUUAGAUUCUUUUUUUUUUUGAAGAAAUAUAUAGUUUGAAAAAAUUUUUUUAAAACAUUUUUUAAAUAUUUAAAUAAAAAUUGUUAAAAUGCGCGUGUAAAAAAUAUUAACGAAAAUGUAAAUUUUUUAAAAUUUUAUAUAAGAUGUGUGUGUGUGUGAUUUUUUUUAAAGAAAAAAUUACAAAAAAAACAGAAUAUUUUUCUUCAAAAUACUUUUUAAAUUCUUUUUUUUUGAAGAAAUAUAUAUUUUGAAAAAUUUUUUUAAAAACAUUUUUUAAAUAUUUAAAUAAAAAUUGUUAAAAUGCGCGUGUAAAAAACAUUAACGGAAAUGUAAAUUUUUUAAAAUUUUAUAUAAAAUGUGUGUGUGUGAUUUUUACUAUUUUUUACAAUCAUUGUAUAAAUUUAAAAACAAAGAGAAAAAGAAGACUAUAUCAUCAUCUUCUAUAAUUUAUUACAAGAAUCAAAAACUGUUUAUAAUUAAAAAAAAAAAAAAUUAUACACUUAUUCCAAAGAUUUUGUAAAGUUCCUUCGAUAAUAACUAUAUUAUAGUAAUAUUUUGUUAUAGUAAAUUUAAUAAUUAAUAAUUAAUAAUUAAUAACGAAUUCAUUGUUAUAAAACGACUUCCACAAAAUAUGUGCAGUCACACUGGAAAUCGGAUUAUUUAUUAUAUUUGUUGUUUUGCUUUUAUUUUUAAGUUAACAACAAAGAACUGAAUAUAGACGAUAAAUAUAAAAUAUUUUUUAAUUUUAAUAAUACGUAUAUAUGAUUUUAAAUUUAUUAUUUCUAAGAGUAUGUAUAAUGCAUUAUUUGUUAUAAAUGUUACAAUAUAAAAUUAUAAACCACAAAAUGA